GAGCGAGUGAGUCACGUCCGAUUUCGAGCCCGACUCUGUGUCGAGACGCGCCAAAAUUCUUUGUCUGAUCGUUUUGCACAUAUUUUGUUCCAUUCAACGGUGUUGCAUCGCGAGCUGCAGAUCGAGGCGAUACGAAAACACACGAUUGUUCUCUCGUGUUUCAACGAUAAUUAUUCAGUGAACAUUGAACGCCUUGUUCGUUGUAUGUUGUUUAUAAACACGUGAUAGAGACGCGUGAUCCCCGAACUACUCCGAAAUUCUGGGUCGGUGGUUCUCUCGUUGUUCGGCGCAGAAUAUGCGAUAGAAUAUUCGACGAGCAGCCAGCGAGUCUUCUAAAUUCCACCUUGCCGAUUCAACGUUUGGCGUAUUCGCGAAAUUUUGAUAACAGCUACUUGUGGGACUCGUGCCGAAACGCCGGAUUUUCGAAAGACGGAUCGGGAUUGAGUAGAAUUUCUGUGUGAUGUUUGCUUGAUUUUAUCUCGUACGUUCGCUCUGAAUAACUCUCGCUGCGAUGUCGAUUUAUUACUACGUGAUUCUCUGGACUGUCGUGAUUCCGGUGUUGUGCGAGCCGGUGAACGAACCCACGAAAACCAGACUGACGAUCCUGAAGUGUUGCCGGUAUAACGAGGAACUGGUGAAAGAAUCCGACAACGAGGCGGACGCGAGGACUCACUGCAAGGCGACCAAGAGCGAAUGGAAGCCUAUCAUCUAUUCGCCGUCCAAGGCAGAUAUGUUGGAGAAACCGCCAGCAGAAUGGGACAUCGUCGAAGGCAGGAAGCCCGUUUGCGAGCAGAAUUUUGCAUUGACCUACGUGCCGUACCGAAUCACCAACCCGUUUGUGCUCAUGGACGACGGUCGCGUGAUCAUCGACGUCCACGUGAAUGAGAGAUUCGAGCCGGACACGUACUGCGCCGAUUCGAAUGCACUUCUCGUAUGCAUGAAGAAUAGAAUGCCGGGCAAUGCGGCUGUCAUCAUGAGACCACGCGUGAAGAAAUGUUGCGGAGAAAAUGCCACGUUCUACGAAGAGGAACAAACGUGCGUUCUUUCGGAAGAGUCAGCCAAUCCCACGCCUUUGUUACCAAAUGCUUCUGCUACCGCUGAGAUCGUACCCGGUUUCCCAACUUGCCUUCGUUUCGACAAUCUUACGUUUCUGGGCGAUGCUAAGGACGCCGUGUUACAGCAAGAUGGUGGUUUGGUAAUCGACGGCGUCACGUUACCCACUGGUCAGUUUUGCGUUGAGAGGGUCAAGGAACUGAACCACGUGGCCAAAGUAUUCGCUUGUUCCGAGCACGCACCGCAGAGGCCAAUAAUGCAGGCAGCCGACAUCAGGUUCACCUUGUAUCCCGUGGGCUUCAUCAUUAGCGCGGUGUUCCUGGCAGCCACGUUGGCCGCUGGUUGGUUGCUGCCAGCCUCUCAUCACGUUCUGCACUGGCGUUGCCAGACUCAUCAUGUCACCUGCCUGAUGCUCGGUGAUCUGCUCAUGGCCAUCAUUCAGCUUGCCGGUGACUCCCUGCACGGCGGAAGCUGCAAGGCGCUCGCAAUCAUGGCGCACUUCUUUUUCCUGGCUGCGUUCUUCUGGCUGAACACGAUGUGCUUCAACAUCUGGUGGACGUUCAGGUGAGUUUCGCUUCUUUUUAUCACCGUCACCUACGAACAGAGUAAAGGAAGGAGACGAGAAUAGACCUGCGGCGGAAGAUAUCGCCGCGUGUGUACUCUUCCGUACCGCUGCCCUCGAAUCGAACGAUUGUACCGCGUUAAAGAUUUAUUCGAUCGUACGUUCCUUCCUUUCUCUCUCUCUCUCUCUGUCUUUCUCUGUCUAAUUCUCGCCGCUCGAAAUCUUUCAUUUUAAUUUUACGCGUACGUAAUUCUUUCUUUUUACGAGACAGUUUUAGAAACCGUAAGAAAUUCGUUUCGCGAAUAUUCUAAACUUACGUGAUUUUAUUAAAUGCGUGUCCGAUGAUCGCGAUGUGUUAACUGUUUAUGGAAGAGUUAAUGGAGAUGGUCUAUGUCUCUGAUAAAUUAUAAUUCGAGCGGAGGAAUAUUUUAUAUAUAACGUAUGUACAAUUAUGGAAACGAUUCUUUUACAUUUCGAUCUAAAUAUUUGUCGGCAGUUCAGCAUAUUCUGUUUGUAGUUUUAGUAUCCGUUAAAAUUAUAAAAUACGCGUGCAUUACGCUUGAAUCGUUCGACAUUUAUUUCUAAUUUCAACCUCUCCAACAAAAAAAAAAAAAGAAAA